AUGGACGCUGACCUGUUGACCACAGGAGACAUCGACAUAGUAGUGACGGAGACUGUCGGCAAAGUUUGCAAGAACUUCGAGCGGAGUUCUGGAGCGCCGACUCUUGCGAAAAUGUUUGUUGACGUGCGCACCGUGGGACAGAGGCGAUUAGGCAUGAACUACACCUGGCAGAUGCUGCCCCCCAUUGAGGCUGGCAAGGACUGCAUCAACAGACUCGCCAUGGUGAGCUUUGGACCCAAAGAGCCUCCUUUUGACAAGUUCCCUGCUCCGCCAAUCAGGGCCUUAUUCGAGGCUGAGAUGCGCCUCCAUCCGCCAACCAGGUUCCUCAACAUGACAGGGUGGACCUUGAGCCUGCAAAACAUGUCGUGUGACGAGCGGCAGGUUAUAAAGCAUUGGAACCACAGCAGAAGCAUUGAUGUCUUCCCCACGGAAGAGCCCGAGUGCCUCGGAACUGACAGCGUCACCUGGGAGCCCAACCUGGAAGGCGAGUUUGACCUCAACGAGGUCGGUGGCUGUGACCUCGCCGCAAGCAACCCUUGUGUUUGUGCUGCACUGUCAAAUUGUGAGUGGGUGACAAGUGUCAGCGGAGUGCCUCGUUGUGUGUACACCUCGCGACCCGGUGUGCCAUGUGAGGCUUGCCCAAACCAGCCACAAUGCGUCAUUACCCCCGAGAAAGAGUGUGAGAUGAAGUCCACACCAUGUGCAUGCGUGCUUCGCGGCGGUGGAUGCAACUGGGACAUGGCCACGAGUCGCUGCUACUUCGAUGUCACGGCCAGCACCGCUUGCAUUGCCUGCUCUCGGCAGGGCUUCUGCAGUCUGCCAGCAGUUAGAAGCAAGCAGCCUGAAAACCUGGCUCUCAUGGGCCAGGAAGAGAUUGGUUGGUUCAUUAAUGUGACUUUUGACAGGGACAUUGAGUUCCUCCGCCUAGGCCUCGGAUCAGGCAUCAUGCUGCAAUGUCGGUCGAACAGACCGGGAGAUUGGGCGCCAACCUUCGAGUUGGAGUACGGCCAGCUGGUCAUCGAGGGAAGCAUCCUUCACAUCAAUGUCCGAGGGCUGCCCAAUGACGAGAGACGGGACUGCGAUCUCGUGAUCGCCAACAAUGCCGUGCGUGAUUCGCAGGAUCGGCUUCCAUUCGAUGGCUUGGAGGACAACAUCAUCUUCGUCACACUUCCGGACGGGAUCCCUCCGGAGGUAGUGAGCUUUGAGCCAGCGAACAGCGCACGUGGAGUUUCGCUCGCUACAACGGUUCACUUCCACUUCAACGAGAACAUCAGAUUCUACUCCAUUGGCAAUCUGGAACUGUACAUCCUUGGGGGAAAUCGAACUGAUCGUGCCGCGGACAUCAAGAUUGCAGAGAUCUCCGUCUGGGACGAGGCGGUGGCCAUCGACAGGGACAACCGUAACAUUCUUCAUGUGCAGCUGACUGGACUGCUGAGCACCAGCACGUACUAUUCGCUGACUAUUCCACCACAGACAAUAAGCGACAUCUCCAACAACCCAUUCGGAGGUAUUGACCGUGGUGUGUAUAUCUUUCAGACUGGCGCAGAAGAAAUCGUGGAGGAGCUCGUGGACGACACCGAAGAAGAGACGCUGACCUUCACCAUAGUUUUGGCGGCGGUUGGUGUUCUGGUGUUGGCCAUGGCAGUCGUGGCUGCAUACCUUGUUCUCGAGACGGUGCGAAAAACUAGAAGGAGGGCUCGGGUUGUUGCUCGACGCGACGAGAAGAUGGAGGAGGCCGUGCUAGAGUCCAACGCUCCGGAGACCGCGAGGUCUACAAAAGCUGCGGACCUCAACUUGGGCAGCGAGUUGGAAGAAGAGUGGCCUGUAUCACUGGCACCGUCAUUGAAAAGCCCAACUUCGGCGACAGCAAGCUCUCCAAAGACGGUGCAAAGCAGUGGUCAGCUCUUGUCGCCACAGAUGUCGCCGAAAGGACGACCAUCAGUGCAGGUCUUCUCGAAGCCAGAGGAGCUAAAGACACACGUGCACGACCAGUUGCGGCAUUCCGGCAAUGUAGUCAGUCUCGCCGAUUUGCACGUCAAGAGCAAUUCCAUGAUGAGAACAAUCGGUGGCAAGGUGGAGGACCGAAGUAGAGGACGAGGGUCAAGGCCGACCACAAGCGGCUCUGUUACGGCCCCUUCGUCACCAUUGGGCAGAAGGCACUCCAUGACGCUGUCUCCGACUGCUCCGAAAGUGGAGGAUCGGCGCAAGUUGCACUCGGCGCAAGGUGUUGGACACCAAGAUGAAUCCGAGUUGUGUCUUGCAAUGGUGCGCUGGUGGGAGAAUAGCCAAGACAGAUCCCAGGAGAUCCUCACGAGCCUUCGUGCGACCCGAAGAUGCACUUCUAGCAAUUGGAGCUACACCAAUGUGAAAUAUAGGGUCAAUGCCGGCAUUGCAGAGGUCAAGUUGGACGACCCCCUUACUGGCAAUGCAUUGACCAACAAGACGAUGUCCGCUUUGCUGGACAUCUGUGCUGAACUGCACGGACGGCAUGAUGUUAAAGUCAUCGCAUUUACGGCAGCAGGGCUUCAUUUCUGCAGCGGUGGUGCCUUCGGUGGAGACGUUGCCCCGGACGAUGCCGAGUACGCGCCCAAGCUGGAUCCAGGAGUCAGUGAAUUCGAAAUGACUACAGCAUCGAAUCUCUUGCUCGCCAAGCUAGUUUACUUGCUGAACACAUUGCCGCAGUUCAAGGUGGCAGCUAUCCGUGGCUCGACGCUGGGUGCGGGCAUCAGCAUCGUUGCUUCCAUGGACUUGGUGGUCGCACCAGCAAAGAGGACGAUGUUUAAGUUCAAGGAAGCCGCCCGUGGUCUGGGAGCGUGCUGCUCCUGGCAGGGCAUCAUUGCAAAGAUAGGUGUGGCGAAAAUGCGUCAGCUGUGCAUGCUGGCAGAGGACGUGGACAUGUUGGAAGCCAAAGAGCUUGGGCUGGUUCACCAGAUCCUCGAAGGUUCAUACGCGGAUGCCGACGAUUGGGCGGUGACGAAGGCCAAAGAAGUCGCAAGACGCAGCCUGGACGACCGCUCGAGUCUCAAGACAACAGGCGAACACCGUUGCCGCGCACGACUCUUUCCGAUGCCUCGUGGGCAAGGUGCCGAUUGCUUCGUCGAGGAGGUGCUGCAGAGGCACCCUGGUCGCGGCCCUCCGGCCCGGAUGAGCUCUGAAGGUUGGUCUCACGAGGCUGUGAAGAUGGUGAUGGCUGGGCAGCACGUUGCUUCGAUGCAACUCUUCCCAGAAUACGAGAUAGAUGCAUUGCUGGCCGGCCUUGUGGAUGCCCUCGCAGAGCUCCACCGAAGUGCGGGGAAGGUGCGACUUCUCCAGGUGCAGAUGCCAAGGCAAGGCGACGGAUGUUUGUCCACUCUCGUGCCGCCGGCUCUCGCAGAGCGGUUCCACGAGGUACUGGUUUUGUUCCACAUGCUGCCGAUGUUUGUAUUGGGCACACUGAGCGGGCAAAUCUCUGGAUCGGGCCUCGUACUCUGCUCAACCUUCGAUGCAGUGGUGACAGUGCAGGCGAGCUUUGACUUCUCGAGUCUCUCGCUCGACUUCCCUGGCGUCACAGAUUUCCUUUGUCCUUGCCUGAAUCAGGUCGCGCUGCCGAGCUCCGGGAUCCCGUUGUCAGCAGUCCAAGCAAAGGAACUUGGGCUGGUCUACGGUGUUCUACACAGCGAAGAACAGCUACAAGACCUGUUAGCGCAGAUCUGUGGCAAGCUGUCGGAGUGUGCUCCGAAUGCUGUUGCACAGUCCAAGGCAUUCAUCCAGAAGAUCGGAAGCAUGCCUAUGGAGCCGAAAGUCCUGGGUGACCUCGCGUGCCACAUUGCAAAGCGCAUGCAAGAUCCAGAAUUUCAGGACUCCAUUCGGCAGAUCGUCGACAAGGGCCAUUUGCCUGCGCACACACGGCCGGCAAACAGAGUAGUCCCGGAGCAUCUUCUGGCAGAGAGCCAGGCUCCACUGCCAAACUUGGAAGCCGAGGAGCUCUGCUGGGAGGCCGACGGGACGGUCCUCAUCUAG